AUGGUUGAUAUAGUCUCAUUAUCAUAUGAUAUUCAUACAGAGAUUGUGGAUGUUUAUAAAGUUUUUAAAUUCAUUCCGUGUAUUCUAUUCCCAAUCGUCACUUAUCUUUUGGUAAAAGAAAUACGAGCUGCAGACGAAAGAAGGAAGAAACUGAAUCAAUCAUCCAUCGCUGGAAAAGAUUCGAAGAACACUACUAAAUUAGUGUUAUUCUUGACCCUACCGUUUUUCCUGGGAGAAUUACCAAUUGGAUUGAUUCUCCUUACUAAACCAAUAGAUAAGCUCAGGGAGGCUAUCGGGUUCUCCCUGUUCACCGAAGGAAUCGAAAAAUUAUUCUCCGUCGUUCUCUCCGCCACCACUGCCACUCAUAUGAUUGUUUGUCUCUUUAUGUCAUCUCAAUACCGGGAAGCUGCGUUGUCAUUUAUUCGGUGUGGUGUUAAAGUCAAAUCUCAAAAUUCAUAA